CGGGUUGCCAACCGCAGAUCAAACCCAGGAAGAAGUUAAAGAAGGGAAAAAAAAGAAAAGUUAUUAACAGUGAAGAAGAGGGCGGAGGCCUGCUGGAAAUGUAAUGAACGCAGCUAUUUGUGCUAAUGUUACGGUGUAUUCUCCAGAGAUGAGGUUGGGAGGAGCGCCUCUGUGUUUGGGACAUGAUUGAAAAUGCAGCUCAAAACUGAAACGACUCAAUGAAGUACAAUGCCAGGAUACUGUGACACUGUCAUACUCGUUGACAGUAGUUUACAGACAUGCCGUGGUGCCUAAACACCAAGCGGAAAUAUCGUUUCUAACAAUAUAAAAUCCAGGCGUCUUCACACAGCCAGAGUGAAAGCCAAACUGCAUUUGUAUAAUAAACUUUAAAUCAGUGAGUAGUUUCCUCUUGUAGACACAGACUCGAAACGAGCUGAUUUCCUCUAGAUCAUGGUAGAUAAUCGGUAUGCCACAGCUCUGGUCAUCGGCUCGGUGCUGAGUCUUCUGGCCACAGUGUACCUGUCUGUGGCUGUGGGGACUCAGCAGUGGUACCAGUACAACAGUCCGCCGCCAAAACUUGAGGGCAGCAACGCCUCCGAGCUCAGAGAGGAGUUCGUCAAUGGAGAGUUUGAUGAGAAGACCUACAGUGACACUAUGUUCCGUCUGAACGGCACUCUGGGACUGUGGUGGAGGUGCAUCCUGGUGCCCAGCCAGUCCCACUGGUUUAAAGAGCCAGAUCCCAAGAUGGAGACCCAGUGUGUGAGCUUCACUCUUCCGCAGCAAUUUAUUCCAAAGUUAAAAUACCCUGGAAACCACAACACUGAGGAAGAUAUGCUGAGAACAUAUCUCUGGAGAUGUCAGUUUCUCCUGCCUCUGGUGUCUCUGGCCUUGGUUUUCCUCAGCGGCCUCGUCGGGGUCUGCGCCUGCCUGUGCCGCAGCUUCACUCCCACCUUGGGUGUGGGGGUGCUCCAUCUUCUAGCAGGUCUUUGCUCUUUGGGCACUGUCUGCUGUUUCUUGGCGGGGGUGGAUUUGCUCCACCAGUACUCCACACCACCAGAAGGGGUGGAGGGCUCACUGGGCUGGUCCCUCUACCUCGCCCUCAUCUCCUUCCCUCUGCAGAUGAUGGCAGCUGCUUUGUUCCUGUGGGCGGCCAGGAGUCACCGCAAGAACUACACCCGCAUGACUGCUUACAGGGUCGCAUAAAAGAGAAAGAGACUACAGACUGUGCGUACCUUAACACAGCCUACAGGUCUGAGGACUUCAUUACACAUCUUUUGUCUUAUGAAAGGAGGUGAAAUGGAUGAAGUGACUGUAACUUCUCCUCUGUAACAAUACUUUCAAUCGAAAAAAGCAAUUACAUGGUAUCACAAACCUAAAGGCAGGAAUAAACUAAACCGGAUUGCAGCUAUUCAUCAUAAGUGCUCAUAAAUAGGUUUGAUAUCCUUCAGUUGUCUCACCUUUGGUUUUUUUAGCAUCUCCAACCUGUAUCUUACCCAAAGCAUGUUCUUAAUGUAUUUUAACACCCAGAUGUUUGGGAUCAUUUGUUAUUUCAGGUUUACCUCUGUUUCUGUGCAGUACUUAAUUGCCUUCUAUUCGGUUGCCAUUGCUUUUAAAGCUGCUCACCACAUUGCCCUUAAAUCAGUAAUGAACGUGCACUGUCACAAAUAACACACCUGCAGUCAUCUAAGUAAGGAUAUCUUUGCUCCAGUGCAUGAAAAAUAUUACACAAGACUAUAUUUUUUAUUUUUGGAUGUGUUUUGUUCUGUUCUAAUUUUGCCUAAUCUUAAAUAUGGAGCCUUUGCUGUGCAUGCCUUCUAAGAUGACAUUUCCAUCAACUGUGGUAAUUGUUGAUUUCUGUCUGUAGUAUGUGUUGACUAAAUGUCACGAAAUGUCACUCACUAAAAAUGUAACCACUCGUCUUCCAUUGUGACCCUUGUUUAUAGAUGUGAUAUUUAUUGACACGAUUAAUUUGAAUGUUUAAAAAAGAAGAGUUGAUCUGAUGCCACUCGAGCAAACCUGUGACCUCUUUGUGACAAAAUUCAAAUUUUUUCAGCCCCAAAUUAUAUCACUGCCGUUUUACCUUUGUGGUGAUGGUGUUUCACUGUUUAAAACUGCUGUUUGUUAAUCCCAACAGUUCUAUUCCUUUAGAGCUCACUUUCAGCAGUUACUUGACUGACUGGUCUGACAGCCAAAUAUAGGUUUUUUAUCAAUUAAAGUCUUUGAGACGUGUCUUGGCGAUACCUCAAAGUCAAAGAGACUUGAAUUGAAUUUGCAAAAUCUUCAUUUGCAAGUGCAAAUCCUUCUGAAUCUACAUCUUUAUAAUUAGCAUUUGUGUGGAAAGUGAAUGAAGUUACUACUUUUUUGUGUGUGUCAAAUUCCAAAAUUACUCAUUGUACCAGCACCAGAAUACAGAUUGUGAUGUUUUUGUAUCACAAUGUUUUAUUACACUUCUGAUGUGUGUACACUCUGGAUUUUGUAAGUGAUUUUAUGUAUUCAGAAGCACAUUGUAUUAAUACAUUUGACAUUUGCUCA